AUGGGUGAUAAGAGACGCGGCAAUGCCCAGUGCAAAAAGACCGUGCUUGAGAUUGUAGAAAGGCAUGAGAAGUGUGAUGAGCAACAGCCAAUUUGCGGAAGGUGUGAGAAGCGUGAUGUUGAGUGCCACUGGCCAGAGCGAAAGUGGAAAUCAUUUCGGCGAGGGUCUUCAGCCAGCUACGAAGCCAACUUCUCGAACGACCAGUCUUGGGUGAAUAGUAGACCUCGAGCAUGCAAGUCCUCCUCGAUCAACAGCGUCCUCAACAUCAUCACUGACUAUGAGUUCAUCCCACAGUUCGCCAUGUCGGCCGGAACAGCACAUCCACAACACCUCUGUCUCAUGUUCGGGCUCAUAAUUCCCCGGCCGAAGUACCAAAUCCGACUGAUGAGUUUUCAGGCACAAAAUCACGCACAGCCAUCUGUGGGAUCUCCAUCUGGAGAGGAACGGUUCUUUAUUGCUGGAAAAGAUCUCCUCAACGCGUCCACACCUGGGUCUUCUGGUCAGGUCGCCAACUAUAGCUCACCAUAUGAUGGGUCUUCCACGCAGGUGUCACAUUAUGGCCCAAGCCCUGACUAUCAUACGCCAUCACAUUCGACUUUUCCAUCUGUGGGUUCCCCGGGGGUCUUUCAGUCUCCUGCGGCAUCAGCUUCGAAUCAGCUUGACUUUGUUCAAGAUUCACAGCCUAGGCCAUAUCAUCCCACGACUGGGAAUGGUGCGAAGACGACCGAGCACAUUCGGAAGAGUCAUUACCCUCUUGAUGAUGUACAAGAAGCCUGUCUCUUGCGACACUUCGUGGAAGUGAUCGCUCCCUGGUUUGACCACUGCGACAAUCUGCGUCACUUUCAGAUCACUGCCCCUAAACGAGCGCGACACUGUGCACCACUACUGAACGCGAUUUUCGCAACCGCAGCCAGGCACUUAGUACGAGUUCCUCGGUUCAGGACAGGGCCAGGAGGAACAGUAGAGUACCUGGGGCAGCCUCUUCCAAAUCUGACGGCACACACAGCUUUCGAAUACAUGCUCAAAUGCAUUCCAGCACUGCAUGACGUUCCUCAAAUUCAGGACGAGGAACAGCGAGAGAACCUUGCCGCCGCAGCUGUGAUACUCCGCCAGUGUGAGGAAAUGGACCAGAAUGAAGAUAGCAGGGAAGGUACAGACAAGGUUGGGCCAAUUGUAACUGGUGACGCCGUGGGUUCUGCACAUCUGGGUUCCCGAGAGUCAUCCCAGAGCUCUGAUCACGGCGUCAACUUCCUGGACAUAACAAAGGCUAUUCUUCGUACCACGACGACAAGCGGAUCCAACGGCCUCACGGACGCUGUGGGCUGGCUGGCGUUACGGCAGGAGAUUUACUAUGCCUUUAGUCUUGGGCGGUCUCCACAGAUCAGCCUUCCUUAUGAGCAGGAGAAGGAAGCUUCGCAGGUGAACAAGGUCAUUCUGCAUACAUACCAGGUAGCUAAGUGGAACUAUGGGGAUAAAACGACCCAAGAAUGGGACAGGCUCAGAGCACAGGAAAAGGCACUGGAGACGAAUUGUUGCAGCCAGUUCAACCCGGUCUUAACGCGGCAGGCGGAUAAAUCGAGGGGUGAGGUAUUUCCGCUCGUCUGGUAUACCUCUGACGGCGAGGUAACAGCAACCCAGCACUUUAUCCUGGCAAAGACGGUCUUAACAGCCGAAAACCCACAUCUGAAGCAUAACCCAGAUCGCGGGCUUUCUCGAGAAGCUGAGCACCAGGUAAGAUCUCACAUUCUCCAACUGUGUGGGUUGGCGAUGCAUCACCUCCAAUCCCCUCCGAACCUUGUCACUGCCGCCGUCGGAAUCAUGCUCUACGGUGACUAUUUUCAAGAUCCGUGGGAGCGGUCGGCAUUGCUGCGAGUGCUUGACGAGUUGAAAAACAUGAUGAAAUCUUCAGCGACGGCAAUGCUCUUGCAAAUCCUGCUAUUAGCGCAAAUUGCCACGCCUCGAAAUGUGAACAUAUCGGUGGACGUUUCUCAGACCCUCGGCCGGUGGGCAUCAAUCAAUCAGUUCUUCGGCUGCGAUGAGCCGAAUUUCGCGUACUACCCCUAUGGCUCAGCACUGAUCAAGGAGCUUGGGGCCCUCGGCCAGAGUCAGACCUAUUUUCGAACCCACAAUUUGUUGACGACCGGCGACAGUUCCAAGGACCUGGUUGGUGUCCCUGGACUGAAAUGGGGUAGCACGGACGCGUAUACCGAGGAUACAAACGGCAAUCCUGUCUAUAACUUCACCAUUAUCGACAGGAUAUUUGAUUCAUAUCUUGCUGGAAAUGUGAAGCCAUACCUACAGAUAGGGUUCAUGCCACUUGCACUAGCGUCGAACCCGGAACCAUACUUCUUUGAAUUCGACCCAGCUGCUGGACCAGACAGCAUUUAUACUGGGUGGAGCCACACGCCUACGGAUUACGAAAAAUGGGAGCAGCUGGUGUAUCAGUGGGCACAGCAUUCGGUGGAGAGGUAUGGCCUUGAUGAGGUGAACUCAUGGUACUGGGAGGUGUGGAACGAACCCAACAUUGCUUACUGGAAUGGCACCAAAGAGCAGUUCCACGAGCUCCAUGAUCGCGCCAUCGCUGCCGUCCUUCGUGCGGUACCAACUGCCCGAGUCGGAGGCUGCGAGGUAGCAGGUGGAGCCGCGGGUUCUUACCUAGGCGACUUUCUCACCCAUUGUGCCAGCGGUACAAACUAUGCCACCGGAGAGAUAGGCACGCCACUAGACUUCAUCUCAUUCCAUGCCAAAGGCGCGCCCUUGUGGGUCAACUCGACCGACAGCCCUAACGGUGGAUACGUCCAGAUGAACAUAUCCACUCAACUCCGACAAACUGACGAGGCUUUCGGGGUAGUGGCAUCUUUCCCCCAGUACAGGUCGACCCCGAUCGUUAUGGGCGAGUACGACCCUGAUGGUUGUGCUGCGUGCACCUCGCAAGCAUACGGCUAUCGCAAUGGGCUGCUAUACCCUGCUUACACGGCUGCUUCUUUCAUGCGUGCUAUGAGUCUUGCAACCCAAAGAGGGGUCAACCUGACAGGUGCUCUAACAUGGGCCUUUGAGUAUGAACAGACGGCUUUGCUACCAAAUCAGACGGGCCUUUUCGACGGCUUCCGAGUCUUGAGCACGCAUGGUAUCGACAAGCCUGUCCUCAAUGUCCAUCGGAUGUGGGGGCUGAUGAACGGGGAUAUGGUCAGCACGAAUAGCUCUGGACAAGUAUCGACGGAUGUGAUACUCAAAGAGGGCAUCAGGGGAGGCGAUACAGACGUGGGAGCCGUCGCGACCUUUAACAGCAGCACAGAGUCUCUGUGCGUCUUUGUCUGGAAUUACCACGACCAAGAUCUUGAUUUUCCGGACAGCAAUGUCAACAUUGACAUCCAGGGUCUUCCAGCCGCCUUCUUGGACAGCACCGGCGGACUGAAUUUGACUCAUUAUCGAAUCGACAACGACCACAGCAACUCGUUUGCUCGAUGGCAAGCCAUGGGCUCACCGCAAGCGCCGUCGGACGAGCAGUACCAAGAGCUCAUCCAAGCAGGAAAGUUAGAGGCGCUUUCUCAAGGGGAGACGUUAUCGAUGCCUAUUGACGGAAAAUUGUCCUUGGGUUUCUCCUUGCCUGUCAGAGCUACUUCGCUCUUGGUGCUGCAUAAUGACAAGAGUGCAUCCUUUGUCUAG